GGAAGCACUUUUUGGUAAACACUGCCCUCUGUGUGACGACUUUGUAACUACCAAGACAUUUUAUUCUUUCGGGUGGGUUAAGGUUGGGUGUAUAUAUUUUUGUCUUAAAUACAUGUAUAUAAUGUACAUUUCAAAUUACGGCAAGAUGAUUUGUAGUAUUAUGAGCCUUCAUUAUGACUGAAUAAAUGAAACUACUUCCCUGCUGAGGCUGUACAACUGAAAGUGACAGAAGAGAGAAUCAUGGAUGUCAUCAACAAACUUUAUUCUACUGUCAGCAGUACUGUGUCUCAGUUAUCUGGAGUUCUUCCAGGAAAUCCUGUGACACGAGAAUUUGAAGCAACAUGUCACAUAGCAAGUGCUGGUCCUGGUUUAUUAUGGAAGAUAUAUCGAGGAUACAAAAAAUCAACCAAGCAGGAUGCAGCAAUUUUUGUGUUUGAGAAACGCCAGCUGGAACGGUGGUCAAGGAAUGAUCGAGAAACAUUAUUAGAAACAUUAAGGAGAGGUAUAUCGCAAUUGACCCGUUUGCGUCAUCCUCAGAUUCUCACUGUCAACCAUCCAUUGGAAGAAUCAAGAGAAAGUUUAGCAUUCGCUUCGGAACCUGUAUUUGCAAGUCUAGCAAAUAUUUUGGGAGCAACUGAGAACAUGCCUGUACCCCCUCCAUCACACCUGAAGAAUUAUAAACUAUUUGAAGUUGAAAUUAAGUAUGGCUUGGUUCAGGUUGGGGAAGGUCUCGCAUUUCUACACAGUGACGUGAAGUUAUUGCAUCGUAAUAUUUGCCCAGAGUCCAUUAUAGUGAACCAGCAAGGAGCUUGGAAAAUUUUUGGGUUUGAUUUCUGUGUUCUGAAUCAGAAUGCACAGGAUAUUCAGCCCUAUUGGCCCUUCACAGAGUAUUCCGUGGGCCUCCACCCCCUUGCUCAACCGAGCCUCGACUACACUGCUCCUGAGUGCGCACUCACCUUAACACAUUCACCAGCCAGCGACAUGUUCUCUUUGGGCAUGCUCAUUGUUGCCCUUCAUAAUGAUGGCCAGCCUCUCUUUGGCAAUGCUGGGGACUGGGGGACUUUUAAGAGGAGUGCAGCAGAGUUUAAACAUUUGGCACCAACAAAACUUCUAUGCAUCACAGAAGGCUUGAGAGAAUUUGUCAAAAUGUUGCUCCAUAUCACUCCAGAAUUAAGGCCAGAUGCUCAUCAAUUUAUCAAAAUUGACUUCUUUGAAGAUGUGGGGGUAAAAACUCUGAAUUAUUUGGAUUCUUUAUUUCAAUGGGACAAUCUGCAGAAAUCUCAGUUCUACAAAGGCCUUCCACAAAUUAUUCAGAAUUUACCUCAUCGUGUUUGUAUUUACAGAAUUCUACCCUGCUUGGUGAAAGAGUUUGUAAAUCCAACUAUGGUACCAUUUGUGUUGCCAAAUAUCCUGCUAAUUUUCAUGCAGAAGAUGGAGUUGCUGUUGAAACUGACACCAGCUGAGGAAAUAAAAGCAGAUGUCCUUCCGAUGUUGUAUCGAGCCUUGGAAUCAGAUGCCCAGCAAAUUCAGGAGCUCUGUCUUACUGUGUUGCCCACAUUUGCAGGUCUUAUAGAUUAUCCUGCCAUGAAGAAUGCAUUGCUUCCACGCAUUAAACGGCUGUGCAUUAACACAUCGUACAUUUCGGUGCGUGUGAACUGUCUAGUAUGUGUUGGCAAGCUUCUUGAACAUCUUGAUAAGUGGUUGGUUUUGGAUGAUGUUCUUCCAUUCUUGCCUCAAGUUCCAUCACGAGAACCUGCUGUCCUCAUGGGUAUAUUAGGCAUUUAUAAAUUAGCAUUAACACAUAAGAAGCUUGGCAUCACUAAGGAACUAAUGGCUACAAAAAUAGUGCCAUUUUUGAUGCCUCUUAGCAUUGAAAAUGGUCUUACCUUAAAUCAGUUUAAUGCUCUAAUGACUGUUAUAAAAGAAAUGGUGAAUCGUGUUGAAGGAGAACAUAGAACUAAGCUGGAACAAUUGAAUUCUAUUCAGCAAGAGCAAAAGUCCACUUCCAUGCCUCUUGCCACUAUGUCAAAGAAUGCUCCAUUGGUAGCUGCACCAGCUCCUACUACAGAAUUGGAUGACAUGUUUUCUGGACUGGGCCUUGAUGCUUUUACAAGUAGAAAUAGUUCGGCAGACAUGGCUAAUAUGAACACCCAGAGCAGUACAAACAGUAUUCCUCAAAUGAAUGGCACCGUGCAUAAUGCUUUUUUGGAGAUUAUUUCUGUAAUAUUUAUAAAGCUGUUGGCCCGUGAACAAGAAGCUCAACAACGUCUUCAGAAUCAACCACAAGCCAAGCCUGUGCUUUCUGUGGCUGCAAAUCCUCCAAACCCACAACCGAAAAGCACAGCUCCUCUAAGAGAUCUCACAUCGACCCUCAUGGAGAAUAACCUCAACCAGAUGAAAUACAUGCGCCCCCAGGGGCCUCCAAAUGAAAGUUCUUUGGCUAAGCCUGCUCCUUGGGCUGUGCAGCCUGUGUCUUCAGUGCCUGCAACAGCUGCGUUUGGGAGCCCAGCCGUGCCGGGAGCUGGAGCGUCUCCUUUCGGCAACAUGGCAUCUUCCCCUACAGGAUUUGGAGCAUUUCAGCAGGCCACACCUACCAUGCAACCUCCCGUCCAGUGGUCGGCACCCACCACCCAACCGCUUUACCGACCGAUCCAGCAGAGUUCUUUAGACAACCUUCUGCCCAUGGGACAGCAGGGUGUCCGUAUGCCAAUGAACAUGAUGUCAACAUCACUUACACCGAUGAUGAAUCUUCAGCAAACGCAGAAAGCCGCAAAACCUUUAUCCACAUCUGAAAUUCAAGACUUACUCAGCUAGUCAUUGCAUUUGCAAAUACGUCAUUGUCACUCUUACAUUGUGUGGUGUAAAAUAUAUAUAUAUAUUGUAUUAUGUAUAUAUGUUAAAGUAAAGCAUUCAUAAUGAAAUGAAGCUUAAUACUGCAAAUCUUGAGUAUGAAUGUUGAUUGUCUCUCAAAAUUCUAUUUAAGGCUUCUGGAAUAUUUUCGACUGCUGUUGUGUGUUAAACUGCCAAAUAUAAUGUGGACUUUAAACUUGUGAAUCUGUAUACACAUUUCUUUCAUUUUUUCUUUAUUGAAGGUCGUGUAGUGCUACAUUCCAACAUUAGGAAUAAUACUGUGAUACAUUAAAAACUAUUCAUAUUGAACUGUUAAGACAUUUGGAAGGAAUUUGAGACUUAAAAAAGCUUGUUUAUUUACAGAAGAAAGAUCUAUUGAUACAUUUAAAGUGUAGUUAGUUACCGAAGAUAAUGUUUAUUUAUUCCUUGCCAAUUUUUAACCUUUUAAGAAAUGCAUCUCGUCUAAAUUUUAAUUAUGAUAUUUAUUAAAUGAUUUUUAGUUCUUAUUCAUCUUAAAUGCUUUCUAACAACUCAAGUGAAUUGUGCUUGGUUCCCUGGGUCUUGGUAGUUAUAUAAGUAGACUGGUCUUCCGUACACUUGUAACAUUGCCUUUUCCUAUACUAAAUUCUAAAUUAAAUAGUUCUAACUAGAAUACUGGAUUAACACCUCUACUUCUGAAUUUGAUACAAUUUUCACUUGAUUAAUGUGAAUAUAAAUCUGAUAUAAUUGGGGGGGGAAAAAAAAAAUUAUCAGAUCAACAACAUUAAGUGUGGAACAUUUUUAUGAUAAAAUUUGAUUAUUGUAGGAGAAUAUUUUCUGUGAUCUUCUGUGUUUGUUAUGUAUUCUGAAUUAUAUCACCAAAUAAAAUUAUAAUUUAGUCAAGUUUUUAAUUGACUGAAUAAAAAUAAUCACAUACAUUCUUAUUUAUGUUGUUAAUUUCUUCCUGUUUUUAUUGAAAUUAUUUUGAGGAGAACAAUAAGAUGUUUAAUUAUGCUUAAAGAAAAUGAAAAGUGGUGUCAAAUAUUCUCAUUUUACUGUAUUUCAACUUAUGCGAAGAUUUUACUAAGAGAACAAAUAAAUAUGAAGUAAGAAUUUGAAGCAGGGUAUGACCACACUACUUGAUUUCUCGAGAAUGCCUUCCUGUAGGAACCAGGCAUGAGGAUAAAAACAAAUUAGGUGAAGUAAUGAAAGUCUCCACAAAUCUUGGGUGGUUUGUAUUUGUGUUUGACUCACAAGAAUAAUCAUAUAAGUUAUUCUGUUAUCAUCUAAUUUUGAGAGUACUUAGCUCCAAAUGAAUACAUUGCUAAUGAACGGUCAUGCUCUGGUCGUAAUGAAAGAUGUGUCACAAUUUCUUGAAUUAUUAGGACAAUUUAAAAAAUUAAUUACCAGUUGAAUUUUUGCACUUUGUGUGAAAAAACAGAAAACAUUACUAAAAAAGUACUAAAUGUCUAAAAUAUACAAAGUUCAAAAGAAGGAAGUUACAUUACAUCUUCUGCAGAAAUAAAUGGGCCCUUGGUAGUGUAAUUAUUUAAACCAAUUUUUUUAUUGACUAUUUUGUGGCAAGUUUAUUUUCCUAUUUCUUUUAGAAAAUAUUUGGAUUUAUUGAAAAAUUUAUUGAAUGUACUUGUGAGUAGAUUAUACUCUCAAAGUUGCUGUUAAUAGGGAUGUGGCUUCCAAUCCUUCAAAAAGAAUCUUGAAUUGUAUUUUGAUACAUUUGAUAGGUGAAGUGUAAUUUUAGAAGCAGUCUAAAUUUAGUAUUUCUUGAAAAGUAAGUUGCAUGAAAUAAUUUAGCAUUUAAAAUUAAAAAUUACUGUAACUAUUUGUGUGCACACUUCUUAGAUUCUAUUUUUAAGUGAUUUUUUAAAAAUAGUUUUUCAAUAUAUCAUGAAACUGCAAAAUGUCAUAACCCAUAUAAUUUAUGAAAUUGAGAUUAUGAAAUCAAUAGAUUCAUUCUCUAAGAAUACACCUUACAAAAUGUCAUAUUUCAAAAAUAAAAUUUACAUGCAUAAUUUUGUAAAAACAAAAUGUGUGCCACAUAAUUUAAAAACAAUUAAAACAUUUCAAAUACCAUUCAUUGUAAUGAAAAAAUAUAAAACCAAUUACAUAAAAGAAGUUUAAAUACAAAAUCCAACUUGAAAUUUAAAAGCUUAUGCAGUUUUUUAGUCCCAUAAAAUUUAGCUCUUGUUGGUUAUGACAUUUUGCAGUUUUAUGAGUAAUAUAUCGUGUUCAAUAGAAUUUUUCUUAUUUGCUGGGCUUGUAUUUCAGUAUGUGUUAUCAGUAAUUGAAUGGAUGCAACAAACAAGAUCUGAAAAUUGCAUGAAAUGUUGCAUUGUUUAUUGUAAUGUUCAAAGAAAUAAACUGUUAUGAACAUGAAGUGGCAAAAUAUAAUUUGUAU